CGUGGCAAACACAGGAAGUGCACCCGUUCACGGGCAGAGCCUGAAUGUGAGGAACCUCAAGAUCAUAAUAAUGAAGAAUAUCUAUUAUUUUUAACGGUGCGCUCAGUUCUGUAAUUCAUGACCUUAAUGACUUCAAUGUUCAGCUUCAGUCGUGAUAAAAAAUGCCCCUCCUGACUCAAAACAAACGAAUCGACCGCCUAACCUCUACGACAGAAUUAUUCUCCAGAUAUCCACAUUUGACGGCAAAUGCCAAAGAGUUUCGCUCUAAACCUCCUGUGACAGUCGACCCAAAGUGCCUCCUUUACGUGCAGCAGAGAGAAUUUGCGGCCACUACACCGGCAGACAAUUCUGUCUCUAUCAUUGGCUCUGCGGAUGCAACUACAUGUCACCUGGUGGUAUUGCGGCAUACAGGCAGUGGAGCGACUUGUCUGGCUCACUGUGAUGGUUCGAGUACUUUGACUGAAGUUCCUCUCCUUGUAAAUGCUGUCACAUCCUUAAGCAACCCUGCAAAAGAUGGCAGGUUAGAGCUUCAUCUUGUUGGGGGGUUUGACGAUGACUCCAGAACGUCCCAUAAACUCAGCCUUAAUGUUUUAGUGGCCUUUCAGAAACAGAAGGAAGAAAUUCACUUAGAAACAUGCUGUAUUACUGAUAUGAAUGAUGUUGUCAUUGAUGGAAUUCACAGACCGAUUGUUUAUGGAAUAGGUGUGAAUGUAAAAACAGGUGAGCUAUUCCCCGCCUCAUUUCCACAGAGAGGGCCUGCAGAGGACUUGCGGUCUGCACGCACCUUCACAGGUGGACAGAUGGCUGGGGUAUAUGACUCCACUAAAGAACAGGUAACGAUUGGACCAUGCAGGUGGGCACCUAACAGGGACAUUGCCUUCUGGCUGGCUCAAAAUGAUGAUACUAUCUUGCAGUACCUUUCUACAUCUCCUUAUGCUGAGCCACCUCACUUUGUCCAACACAUCAAGUCCACCAUCCAGUUCCUGCUGGACCACCCCAGCGCAGACAACCUGUUCCCUGGAGGCCAGCCCCAGCGUUUCCAGCGGACGGAGCAGGGAGAGUGGGAGAGAGUGUCCCAACAAUAGUCCAACUGCAACCUGAACACUGCCCUUAACUCUGAACAACACUGUGACCCAACCAGACGCCUUUGGAAGAAACUUCCGCUGGCAGUAGAAGUUGCUCUUUUAUGCUAAUCUAAGACCUUUUUGCAGUUUGUUUUAGGAUGUUCAAGUCAAUGUGAGGGGUUUAGUACAGUAAGCUGAGCCUGGAUAAGCAUAAAAGAGAAACUUCUACUUGAAGUGAAAAGUGUGGCAUAGUUUUUAACUUAUGCACUUACAUUGUGAGUGUUGACACUCUAAAGACUGUACAAACCAGUACAGAAAUAACAAGAUGCUCCUUUGUGGACUGUCGAAACUCUUGAAGCUGGACUUGUUGCCUGACAGUUGUACGGUUAUGUAACGAUGUAUUAUUCAACACCAUUAUUUCAUCAUUUCUCUUCAGCCCCUUGCAAUGAAUCAUAAACAUGGCAUGAUUGGAGUCUGA